AAACACUUCAGUUGGGCUUUGGGCCAGUGUGGAGAGCAGACUGACUGUGUGCCCAGCAGCCGGGACCAUGAGCGAGCCGCAGCUGAACGUUGUCCAUGAGGGGAUCAUGUGGCCCAGCCUCGUCCACUCGGAGGAAAGUCUGAUUUACGCCCGGGAGGAAUUCCAGACGCGGGAUGACGAUGUUUUUAUAGUCACUUAUCCCAAGUCAGGUACUACUUGGAUGCAGGAAAUAGUGCCUUUAGUAUGCAGCAAUGGGGAUCUGACACCAGUGCAGACUAUCCCAAACUGGCAACGAGUGCCGUGGCUGGAGCAAAAGAAUGCUAAAAGCCUGUUGGAAAACAGACCAUCGCCCCGGCUUAUUACAACACAUCUUCCUUAUCGUUUGAUGCCAAAGUCUUUCAAUACGUCGAAAGCAAAAGUGAAGUAUUAUUUUUCCUUUUAAUUUGGCAGGGGAGCC